AUGUACAUGUUGUCAGAAGACGAAAUAACCUACACCAACAGUCUCUACAGCGAGCAAGUUGGGACAGAUGAAAAUCAAAAUGGGAAAGAAAAACAUAAUCAUUAUAAAAGGAAUAAAAUCAGUAGCUACAGUUUUUCGAAUGAUGAAAGGGACAACGAAAAUGAGAGCCAAAAUGGGUACAGAAAUGAGAGAAAAAAUAGAUACCGAAAUGGAUACCAAAGUGAUUACCACAGUGAUUACCAAAGUGAUUAUCAAAAUGAUUACCCAAAGGAGUACCAAAAUGAGUACUCAAAUGAGCUCCAAAACGAAUUCGAACUUUUCAAAUAUGUUUGCAUAGCAUCCAUAGAAGAUGCCGAAAUUUUACUCAAGUGCAGUUUUCUCAGUGACGAUUUAGACACUUCGGCAAAUUGUACAAUAAAAAAGAUAUUGAUGGCUUCGAAAAAAAAAUUAAAUUAUUGUAAUAAGAAAAUUCUUAAUUGGGAAAAUAAAAUUAUAUAUUUUACAAUAUGUACAGAAAAAAAAUUGGCAUUUUUUUUAAUCGGAUUACAUAUGAAAACAUGUUUUAAAAACUACAUUUUUGAAUUCUUAAGAAAAUUAGAAAUUUAUGCCAAGUCCAACUUGUUUUAUAACCAAAAUUACAAAUCACAAAAUAUCAACCCAUCUAAAAUUCACACCAUUCAAUCAUUUAUGAAGAAUACUAUAAAAAGUAUUAAUAAAUGCUGCCGAGAUGAAAAAAUUAUAGCUGUUAAACAAAAAUUACAUCGAAUUAAUUCUGUAAUGAAUAACCAUAUAGACAACUUAUAUCAGUCCAGGGGAAACAUACGAGCUUUGCAGUAUAAAACUCAAAAUAUGUCAAAAAAUACAUUAAACUUUGUUCAAAAUAGUAAGCGAUUAAAAAGAGCCAUGUUCUUCAAGUACUGGAAGACUUAUGUUUGCUUGGCUUUCUUUGCAAUUAUAGGGUUUAAGGUCUACAGAUCCAUUUGA